AAAAAGAAAACCACGCGUCAACACCUGACGUGUGGGGUGUGGUUGAGAACAGUUGCUGAUAUAUAUAUAAUUUCUCAUUUUUCAUAAGGUUGUAUUAUUUGGCCAUCCAAAUUCCCAAGUCCAUCGUCGCCAACGAUUUCUUUCGCCAAGGUAUUCAAUAAUUUCCUUAUUCUCAGCUCCGAUCUCAAUCCGGGUGUCUGUAUGAGCUAUCAAUCUCUCUUAUGAUCCAAGUUAGGCGAUUCGGCGAAUGAACUCUACUCUCGUCGAUUUGCAGCUUCUCUCUUUAGCCUCUAAUCCAUCCUGGUCUGGUUCAGCUAUCAGACACCUUUAGCAUCGGACGUUUGUUCUAUCAUAGAUCCAGAUCUCUAAGCCUUUUAUUGCAGUGACAGUCUCAAGAGAUUGUAGUUACAGGAAAUGAAUGUCCUCGUCUAUGAUGUGAGUGGUUUUUGAAGGCUAUCUGAUAUCGAGACUAUGGCAUCUGCUGUUCUGCAAAUAGUGAAUACUACUUUAGAGUGGGUGACUUUGGCUUUAGAUGCUCCUUCUGCCCGAGCUGUUGUUUUUGGAGUACAUAUCGGCGGGCAUCUAUUUGUGGAAGUUCUUCUUUUGGUUGUCAUCCUUUUCCUGCUUUCCCAGAAAAGUUACAAGCCCCCAAAAAGGCCUUUAACCAAGAAGGAAAUAGAUGAGCUAUGUGAUGAAUGGGUCCCAGAAUCACUCAUUCCUCCUCUUACAGAAGAGAUGCAGAGGGAACCUCCAAUGUUAGAAAGUGCUGCAGGGCCACAUACAAUAAUCAAUGGCAAAGAAGUUGUCAAUUUUGCUUCAGCAAAUUAUCUUGGAUUGAUAGGACAUAAGAAAUUGCUUGAGUCAUGUUCCUCUGCAUUGGAGAAAUACGGUGUUGGUUCUUGUGGUCCUCGUGGAUUCUAUGGAACAAUUGAUGUACACCUUGACUGUGAGGCCAGAAUAGCAAAAUUUUUGGGAACUCCUGAUUCAAUUCUCUAUUCCUAUGGACUUUCCACCGUGUUCAGUGCAAUUCCAGCUUUUUGCAAAAGAGGAGAUAUCAUUGUAGUGGAUGAAGGAGUCCACUGGGGAAUACAAAAUGGUCUUCAUCUCUCUAGAAGCACAAUUGUGUAUUUCAAGCACAAUGAUAUGGAAUCUCUAAGGACUACUCUUGAGAAAAUCACUGCAGAGAAUAAGCGUGCUAAGAAAUUGCGGCGCUACAUUGUUGUUGAAGCUGUGUACCAGAAUUCUGGCCAAAUAGCUCCCUUAGAUGAGAUCAUUAGAUUGAAGGAGAAAUAUCGCUUCCGCGUUUUAUUGGAUGAGAGCAACUCAUUUGGUGCACUUGGCAGUUCUGGAAGGGGUCUCACUGAGUAUUAUGGGGUUCCGAUUGAGAAGAUAGAUAUUAUAACUGCUGCCAUGGGACAUGCAUUAGCCACAGAAGGAGGAUUUUGCACCGGAAGUGCCAGAGUCAUUGAUCACCAACGAUUGAGCGGUUCUGGGUAUGUUUUUUCUGCUUCUUUGCCCCCAUAUCUUGCGAGUGCAGCAAUAACUGCCAUUGAUGUCCUGGAGGAAAAUCCUGAUCUGAUGAAGAAACUGAAGGAAAAUAUUGCCCGUUUAUGGAAAGGAUUGUCAGAUAUACCAGGCCUCUCAAUAGCAAGUAAUGCAGAAUCGCCCAUUGUUUUUCUCAAGCUAGAGAAGUCAACAGGUUCCAUUAAAAAUGACCUAACUCUUCUUGAAGAGAUUGCCGAUCGUGUGUUGAAGGAAGAGUCAGUAUUUGUGGUGGCUUCCAAAAGAUCGACACUUGAUAAAUGUCGUUUAGCCGUGGGAAUCAGACUGUUUGUUUCUGCUGGCCAUUCAGAAUCCGAUCUGCAGAAGGCAUCUGGAUCAUUGAAAAGAGUUGCAGCACAGGUUCUGAAGAGUUAAAAUUGAGUGGUGGUGCAUGAAUCUCUCUUUCUCUGUGCGUGUGUGCGUGUGUGAACCUGCUGGACCUUAUCAGGUUUUUUAGACACCUUCAUUUGUUAGACAAUUUUGUAAUGUAGGCUAAGGCCUGUGGUCAUUGAUAAUUUAUGUUCUAAUUCUUGCGUGAUUAUUUAGAUUGGCAGAUUUUUUGCACUUUAA